AUGCCGGGAUAUUCCGGCAGGCUGCAUAUCCCGGUACCUGUCUCAUCAGUGAGGAAAGUACUAGAAGACUACAUCACGGUUUCUUACGCCGCCCCUGUCGGCGGCCUGCCGUGUGGUGUUGCGUAUGAGCGAUUGUUGAUGCGAAAAACCUUGUUUUACGCAUUGCUAAGCCUACUGUUGGUACAUCUCACUGGAACAUUCGAAGGGCCGACCAACCAAGCUUCAAUCCUUCUGACAGUUUUCGCUGCCGCCAUCUUUGACAUGUUUACGACCGCUGGUACAACGGCCUCGACACUGGUAUCGUUGGUCUCCCUGUUUGAAGCAGGGCCUAAUCCCGCUGAUGAAACGAUGGAUAUACUGGCCUUCUCUGUUCCUCCGAGUUGCUGUAACGAUGAGUCAGUUCAAUUGAGGCAUGAUACUGAACAUCGCAACAAACGUAUCCCGCUGGUGACUCGACGGAAGGUUUUGCGGCAGCGUGUUGAUCAUAUUAGGACAAAAAUGACGACGGAGUCAGGUUCACGGCAAUCCGUGCCAAGGCAUUCGUCCUGCAGAGGCAUCUCCCAUUCUACCGUUGCGCCGUUCCCCCUGUGGUCUCUGGCACUUAGCCCGAUAGUCACCUACGCAUCAGGGAUCGUUACUAUAUCAAUUUUAUGUCUCCACAAUGUAAGCACGGACAUCCGGCGGCUCGGUGGCAUGAGUAAAUAA